AUGGGCAAGCUACUGAUCUGUGUUGGACUCGCUCUCCUGCUGCACGCGCAGCUAGGAUCCUCCUAUCUGCUGUCCUGCUACUUCACCAACUGGGGGCAGUACAGACCAGGAGCCGGGAAGUAUUUCCCCCAAAAUGUGGACCCAUGCCUUUGUGACCACCUGAUCUAUGCCUUUGCGUCCAUGAACAACAACGAGAUUGUGACCUAUGAGUGGGAUGAUGUCAAGCUCUAUGGCGAGUUCCAGGCCCUGAAGAACCAGAACAGCAACCUGAAGACUCUGCUGGCCAUUGGAGGCUGGAACUUCGGGACAGCAAAGUUCCACGCCAUGGUGUCCAGCUCUGGCACCCGCCAGACCUUCAUCGCCUCUGUCAUCAAAUUCCUGAGGCAGUACGAGUUUGAUGGUCUGGACAUCGACUGGGAGUACCCUGGAUCCCGAGGAAGCCCUCCUGAGGACAAACAGCUCUACACCACCCUGGUGCAGGAAAUGAUGGCUGCCUUCGAGGCUGAGGGCAAGUCGACCAACCGCCCUCGCCUCAUGCUGACCGCUGCCGUGUCUGCAGGAAAGGGCACGAUCGAAUCUGCAUACCAGAUUGCUCAGAUUGGCCAGGUCCUGGACUACUUCCAUGUCAUGACCUAUGACUUCCAUGGCAGCUGGGAGCACCAGACCGGUGAGAACAGCCCCCUGUACAAAGGACCUUCUGAUCAGGGCGCUUACAUCUACUUCAACGUGGACUACGCCCUGAAUUACUGGAAGACCAAUGGAGCACCUGCUGAGAAACUUCUGGUUGGAUUCCCCACCUAUGGACACACCUGGAAGCUGGCUGGCUCCAACACUGGGGUGGGAGCUCCUACUGCUGGUCCUGGACCUGCUGGACCCUUCACCAGACAGUCUGGUUUCUGGGCCUACUAUGAGAUCUGCACCUUCAUCAAGCAGGGGGCCACUGAGGCCUGGAAUGCCCCUCAGGAUGUGCCCUAUGCCUUCAGCACGACCGAGCGCGUCUGGGUCGGCUACGACAACGUCAAGAGCUUCAACAUCAAGAUCGAUUGGCUGAAGAAGAAUCAGUAUGGAGGAGCUAUGGUGUGGAGUCUGGACCUUGAUGACUUCAGCGGGACCUUCUGUGGCCAGGGAAGAUACCCCCUGAUCAGCACUCUGAAGAGUGGACUUGGCACCGGCCAGAGCUGCACUGCCCCCAUCAACCCCCUGCCCCCCGUCACCCAGGCCCCCCCUCCCCCUCCCAAGCCCCAGCCUGGCGGUGGUGGCCACAGCAGCGGAGGUGGCAGCGGAGGUAGCGGCUUCUGCGCCGGAAAGUCCAACGGACUCUACCCCGACCCCACCAACAAGAACCACUUCUACGAGUGCAGCCAGGGACAGACCUACCAGCAGCACUGUGCCACAGGCCUGGUCUUCGACACCAGCUGCAACUGCUGCAACUGGGCCUAAGCAGCCGCGGUCCCAACCACCCAUCAUCCAUCUGCAAUCUCUGAAUUAUGCUAAAAAAACCCAUUAUGUAAAAAUAAAUUAAUAAAAGAAACAAAUCCUGCUGAGCAAA